GCUGCAAGAGGACUUUUAAUUUGGCGAGCGUUUCGCGUAAUUCCAGCAGAGCGGAAGCAGACUCACCCGGAGCCUCACAUCAACAGAACUAGUACACAUCUGCAAUGAGUUUUGAGUGGCCUUGGCAGUAUAACUUUCCUCCGUUUUUCACAUUACAGCCAAAUGUUGAUACGAGACAGAAGCAGUUGGCGGCAUGGUGCUCGCUUGUUCUGUCCUACUGUCGUCAUCGGAAGCACUACACACUGGAUGUGCUUGAGGCGCAGGAAAGCCCUUUGUUUAACAACAGGAAAAUUGAGAGAAAACAUUCAGUUGAAGCCAUACAAAUAGUUUUUGAGGAACUGAGAAAAAAAGGGAACCUGGAAUGGUUGGACAAGAAUAAAACACGAUGUCUUAUAAUGUGGAGGAGACCAGAAGAGUGGGGCAAACUCAUUUAUCAGUGGGUUUCUAAAAAUGGCAUGGUCAAUUCAGUGUUUACACUUUAUGAACUCUCCAAUGGGGAUGACACUGAAAAGGAAGAGUUUCAUGGAUUGGAGGAUUGGAUGUUGCUACGUUCGCUGCAGGCCCUACAGGCUGAAGGAAAGGCUGAAAUAAUCACUAUGGAUGAUGGAAAAGGAGUCAAGUUUUUUUGAAUCUGGCUCAAUUCAGACUUUGGGAUGAGGUGUUGGGGAUUCUAUCAGCUCAGCAUGAUGUUUUUCUUCAUGGUCCACUGGGAUGUUUUUUGGAAUUACAAACACUCCACUUAAAUCAAAUCAAAAUCAAAUCAAUGUUUAUGAUAAAUUGCUAUUUGGCAGAUGAGCCCAAACAAAGAUGUACGGAUCUUCCUUUUUGGAACAUGUUUAAAUUGGUGGUUUUACACAACAAAAAUGGAAAUGUAAUUUAACCAAAACUCUGGAAUAAUCUGUGUAUAAAACUUUUUUAUUUUCACUUUUAUUGCUGUUUAUCCCUAUGGAUUCUUCUACUUGAAAAAAUUUUCUGUGUAGAACAAAGCCAAAAGCAAGUCUUGUCAGACAUGGCUUUUGUGAGACCUAUGAUGCUUCCUUGAAAAGAAAAUGUCCUUGUUUCUCAUGGCAGUGUGAUUUAUGUCAAAGUUUUGCCAAGAUUUCUUUAGCAUUCCCUCAUUUCCCCUGGUUUUCACCUUAUCCUACAACACUGUAUCUUUUCUACCAUUGUAAUACCGUACAAAUAAAUGAGGGAGACAUUUUCAGUUCUCUCCUGCAAAC